AUGAGUUAUUCCGAUCAACGGCUGUUCGCUACUCCGACGCACACCUCUCGCGCUUCGGAUAGUCUGCGCUUUUUGCUGAACAAUCCGGCUUCGCCUCAUGGCCCAGAUCUGUGGACUCUUUUACAAGCUCACCUUCCAUUGGUCAAAGUUGCAAGACUAACAGAUUCUGCGACGAGGAGAUCCUGCCAUGUGAUUGGACAGCUGCCGGGUGGUUGUUGUAGUGGCCAAGGCAUGGCCAAUACGACAAAAUAUUCCAGCCUCGAGUUUUUUCACUCGUCUCACAUCGAAGUGACAGCAAGUAUUAAGAUGCGUGAAAUCGUCCACAUUCAGGCUGGUCAAUGUGGCAAUCAAGUUGGUGCCAAGUUCUGGGAGGUCAUCUCGGACGAGCAUGGAAUAGACCCAACAGGCAGUUACCAUGGUGACUCGGACCUCCAGCUGGAGCGCAUCAGUGUGUACUACAACGAGGCUAGCGGUAACAAGUAUGUGCCGCGGUCCAUCCUGGUAGACCUCGAGCCUGGCACCAUGGACAGCGUGCGUGCAGGUCCGUUUGGGCAGCUUUUUCGACCUGACAACUUCGUGUUCGGUCAGAGCGGUGCGGGCAAUAACUGGGCGAAGGGCCACUACACCGAGGGUGCGGAGCUAGUGGACGCGGUGCUUGAUGUAGUGCGCAAGGAGGCCGAGUGUUGCGACUGCCUUCAGGGCUUCCAACUCACUCACUCCCUCGGCGGCGGCACUGGCUCUGGCAUGGGUACUCUCCUUAUCUCCAAGAUUCGCGAAGAGUACCCGGACCGCAUCAUGAUCACCUUCUCCGUAGUGCCCUCCCCCAAGGUGUCCGACACCGUGGUGGAACCAUACAACGCCACACUCUCGGUGCAUCAACUGAUAGAUAACACCGACCAGACUUUCUGCAUUGACAAUGAGGCACUCUACGACAUUUGUUUCCGCACGCUGAAGCUCACUAACCCCACCUACGGGGACCUUAACCACCUAGUCUCCGCUACUAUGUCGGGCGUGACUACGUGUUUGCGUUUCCCAGGUCAAUUGAACGCCGACUUGCGCAAGCUCUCCGUCAACAUGGUGCCCUUCCCACGACUGCACUUCUUUAUGCCAGGUUUUGCGCCCCUUACAAGCCGUGGUAGUCAACAGUACCGUGCUCUUACUGUGCCUGAGCUGACCCAACAGAUGUUUGACGCAAAGAACAUGAUGGCUGCUUGCGAUCCCCGCCAUGGUCGCUACCUCACCGUCGCCGCGGUCUUCCGCGGCCGCAUGUCUAUGAAGGAGGUGGAUGAGCAGAUGCUGAAUGUGCAGAACAAGAACUCGAGUUAUUUCGUGGAGUGGAUCCCCAACAAUGUCAAAACCGCGGUGUGUGACAUUCCACCACGAGGACUGAAAAUGGCGGUCACGUUUAUCGGUAACAGCACGGCUAUCCAGCAGUUGUUUAGACGUGUGAGUGAGCAAUUUACGGCCAUGUUUAGACGCAAGGCCUUCCUCCACUGGUACACUGGGGAGGGUAUGGACGAGAUGGAAUUCACUGAGGCGGAGUCUAACAUGAACGACCUUGUGAGCGAGUAUCAGCAGUAUCAGGACGCCACAGCGGAUGAUGAAGGAGAAUUCGAUGAAGAUGAGGAUGCAAUUCAAGACAAUGAUUAA